AGAGAUUUUUCAGGCCGAGAAACAAAUAUCCAUCCCAAGAGAGGACCACAACUACGACGGCAGUACUAGUUCCGGUGCGGCUACAGCAACCUACUCUUCCAAGUCUCCACCGGGCGCCACUCUUUUAGAAGAGUUCGCGUUGCAACAGGACGUCGGAUCCACAGGAGUCAUAGACUUCCAUAUUUCACUGCCGGACGAGCAGCAGGGAGGACAGGCGCUGCAUCCAGUUGACAAUAGUACAGAGAUGAACAAUACGAGAGCGCCGGGCCUGUACGGCUUGAUCUACUAUUCCACGAUCAGCGUUGCGGACGACCUAACUGCGACGAAGAACAGCACGUCGACCGCGCGCGACCCGUUGUUGUGUAGCUCCAGUUGUGUGAUCCUGCAAAGACAGCGGACAAACAACAGCACAGCAAGCCGUGGAGCAGGAGACCAAGAGCUGCAUCAAGGCAGUUGUACCAGCCACGUGGUACUGCACGACCACCUCGUCCCACAGGGAACAACGACCACGACGUCAAAAUCAAAAAGUAGUAACAUCAACACUUUGACGACCAGUUUUGUGCUCCCUGAAACAAGCGGCUCGCAGUUGCUACAACAGGAUGCAGUUCACGAUCAUCAGCAGAGUCUGCAGCGACACAGCUUCGCCAACAAACUGCGG